UUCAGCUCUGCUGUCUGCGGUCACAUCUUGUUGCCAGAACUUCAGCGACGCGGUGACUCUGGAUAUUCACGCUCUGCGUCAUUUUCUUCCUUUAUUAUUGCGUUUUAUUUUGAAAAAAACAUCUCAACCGAGGUGCAGGUCCAGUGUCUUCACAUUUUUCAUCCUUGCUUGCAGCCAAAUUGGAGUCGCUUUUAGAUGCACUGAUCCACCAUCCGACGUUAAGACCUCUCAGCUUUAAGGAUAAGAUUCUUAUUUAAGAACAGUUAUAUAAUCAGGUAAAAAACAAAUACUGGUGCGCGCGUCUUUCUGGUGCGUUAUUUAUUUAUCCUUUUAUAUAUUCUGUGUUGUAGAAAAAGACUAUUCCCUAUCCGUGUUCAUGCCAGAUCUGCAGCGCUUUAGUUUUCCAUACCAUAGCAUGAAUCCUUUGUUGGGGGCCAACACGCAUCUCCUCCUCCAACAACAACAGCAGCAUCCUCAGCAGCAUCACAGUCCAGCUCCAGGACACCCGGACUCUCCAUCAGGCCUCCUGCCGGACAACAUCUUCGGUGGACAAGAGGACCCGACGUCCUUUUUGCUGGGUGAGCAUCAGCAGUACGGAUCUGGGCCUGAUUAUCAUCAUCCGGGUCCUGACUUCACCGCACCCUCACAGACCUCACCUUACCUCCAUCACCUCCACCACCAGAGUCCCUACCAGCACCCCCCUGCAGCCAUGGCUCUCAGAAACGACCUGGGAUCAAACAUCAGCGUCCUCAAAACUCUCAACCUGAGGUUCAGAUGCUUUCUGGCCAAAGUGCAUGAAUUAGAGCGAAGAAAUAAGAUUUUAGAGAAGCAGCUGCAGCAGGCGCUGGAUGCCAACAAGGGCUGUCAGAGUGGAUGCUGUGAGAGCAGCAGGGGUCACACCCAGGAGGCAGGUGUUCAGACUGGAUUUGUGGGUACCAUACCUCUCAGGCCUGGCUCUCUGCCCUUCCACAACACCAACAACUCAGCCAGGAGGCCUACAACACUGUUCACACCAUCAAGCCUCCACCAAACAGCUGCUGAGAACUAUAGUUCAACCCAAACCACCUGUAACCCAUCCAUCACCAUCAGCCAGGCCUCUCCCUGUGUGGACUCUCCUAGCUCUGGGUUCAAAACCUUCUCCACCACCACCAGCUCAGGUCCAGGGAGCUCCACCACCAACCCUCCUCCACGGUUCCUCCCAGGCAACAUCUGGUCCUACAACCACACCCGCAAGUAUGGCCCUGGAGCGGAGCGUCUGGCCAGCCCAGGGGCGUCCUGGGGGCACUCUGAUGGAGUCGGGGUCCAGAUUGACACCAUCACCCCGGAGAUAAGAGCCCUGUAUAAUGUCCUGGGCAAAGUGAAGAGGGAGAGAGAUGAGUAUAAACGCAGAUGGGAAGAAGAAUACACUAUGAGGGUGGAUCUGGAACAGAAAAUUACGGACCUAGAAGAGGACCUGCAGGAGAGCGAAGGCUGUCAGGACGAGCUGGCUCUCAGAGUUCAGCAGCUGAAAGCAGAGCUGGUUCUUUUCAAAGGCCUCAUGAGCAAUAACUUGUCGGAGUUGGACAGUAAGAUCCAGGAGAAAGCCAUGAAGGUGGACAUGGACAUCUGCCGCAGGAUCGACAUCACCGCUCGUCUCUGUGACGUAGCUCAGCAGAGGAACUGUGAAGAUGUGAUCCAGAUGUACCAGGUUCCUAACAACCAAUCAUCCCUAAACUGCCGCCGGAAACAAACUCCUCUCUCCAACGGGAGCGAGUGUGACGAACCUGUCAGCACCUCUGAAAGUGACGGGGCCAAAGAGGAAGACCACUGUGGCUCAUCAGCCAAUCAGAUCAAUGAGGAGAUGCAGAGGAUGCUGAACCAACUGCGUGAAUGUGAGUUUGAGGAUGAUUGCGACAGUCUGGCCUGGGAGGAGACUGAAGAGACGCUGCUUCUUUGGGAGGAUUUCCCAGGAUGCGGUCUGACCCCUGACCCCACCCACCCACCAGGAGAGCAGGAGGACUGUCUGGAAAAGGUGAUUAAUGACACAGAAUGUCUUUUCAAGUCGCGAGAGAAGGAAUACCAGGAGACAAUCGACCAGAUUGAGCUGGAACUGGCCACAGCAAAGAGCGACAUGAACCGACACCUCCACGAGUACAUGGAGAUGUGCUCGAUGAAGAGAGGCCUAGAUGUUCAGAUGGAGACCUGCAGGAGACUCAUCACACAGACUGGAGACAGCGUGUGUUUGUGUUUCUGUCUCAGUAACCCAGCGACGCCUGCUCCUGCUGAGGACGGUGACCAGAGAGAAAGCGACAGGUCCUCAUCCUCUCCACCUUCCUCUUCAAGCGCUGGGAGAUCUUGACACUUCCUCACUCCUGCAGCAACGGUGGCGGUGGUCAUGUGACCUCCACUGCAUCCAGCUACAGUACCACACUGACGCAGUACACACCUGUAACUAUGGCAACACCAUGUUUACAUACGAACCUCUUCAUUUACGCUUUUGGUCUGAGGAGACGUUUUAGCACUGAAACUGUUAUUGAGUCGCUGGAUUUUUGUCAUUACUGCUUCAUGCAGAUGUCACGGCCUUGCAGAGGGGAGAGGUCUUCUUAUAGUUGGACCUUGUCAUCUUGCGUUUGACAGCAGUAGUUAAAAAAAGUGAAUCUUAUAUUAGAUUGUCCUGUGAAGGUUCAGAAAGUUGAGGAUCCUGAAUUUAUUGUAAGUAAACAGGCUGAUGUCCUCGCAGUGCAGUGCUGCAGGCUACAGGAAAGCAUAGCGUGAUUAAUCAAGCAAAUACAUGUUGUAAGGUCACUAAACCCUCAUAAAAAACACACAAAUUUACAGGCCUGCAAUUUACUGAACAAACACAAAAAACAGGGAGCAUGAUAGUUUGAGUCUUGAAUUACUGUAACAAAGAUUGUCUUGGAGUGUAUUCCUGAGUUUGAUUGGUAAGUUUGAUAUCGAUAAUGAUGAGUUUGAGUCUUUAAAGUCUAAUAAGAUGUCAUGAUUCAGCAUUUUGCUGCCUUACAGCUGCAGAUUCAGAGCGUGCUAUCUAUCUGUGUAGUAACAGAUUAAACCACAGGCAAUGCAAACCUUAAGGCAUAAAUAAAUAUUAACAUCUGUGCUUUAUUUAGCAAAACAUAAAGUGGAAAAAUUAUUUUAGAAAUAACCAAAACAUCAGCUGUGGAGCAGCAGAGCUGUGUCUCUGAAUAUCAACACAACAUGCCUCCUCCCUCUUGCCAAUAUGAGUUCAUACUUUGCUAAGCCCUUCCCUGGUUACUGUUGCUAGGCCUGUCAAGCUUUGGCAACCGCCAUGUCAAUAUGGCAUUUUCAACGAUAUCAGUGAGAGAUAUUCAAAAGGAAAUGAUGGCAGAUUUCUGGAAUAAUCGUUCUGAAAUAUCAGAGAGAACUAGACAGAAAGGACUGCAAUAUGCAUUUGAGAGCUACAUUCACAGUAAAAGCAAAUUUGUCGGCGGAGUAUUGUGAAUGAAGAGGCUGUUAAAAUCGAGAGAAAAGCUCACCGGUCCCAAUGCAAGCGUCAGACACCCCACAUCUUGACAACUCACGUGAAGGACAAACAUAUAUAGGAACAACAAUGUUCCUGCAUAGUCAAUAUACUGUUUGUUUCAAGCUAAGUUGAUGUUUAGUUAUGACUCCCUAUAGCUUUCAUUAUCUAAUAUAAAUCUAAAUGAUCCCGCUUAUCCAUUUGUUUAAAGCACGCCAGGAUAUUGCUCGCACAUCGUGGGCUUGAUCCAUACAUUGGAUCUCAUAAAUUAAUAAUAAUGAUUAAUAUUCAACUGUCUUUGUUUGGUAACUUGCUAAGCUAGCCAACUCAGCGUCUUACCUUGGAGCAAACGAAGGAGUUUUUGUUGAUCUUUGAUGGAUUCAGCUGUGAGUGAGGUCAUUCACACUGUUUAAUCCAUAUCCGACAUCGCUUCUUUUGCGGUUCCAUACACAUCGCUGACCACAGCGCCUGGUUACGGUUGCUAACGUAGGAUUGGACAGAGCAGUUCUAGGGAGGGGCUUAGCGAGGGGCCAAUUAGGUACAAUCCUGAAAACAGUAAAAAUAAAGUUUUGGUGGUCUGCCAUAAUUACAAUUCACCUAUUUAUCUGCUGUGAAUUACCUGAAUCCAAACUGUAUUUUAUGGAAGAAAUCCAUUGUAAACAGUUUAACCACUGCUGAUGUACUUUGGAUUUCCUGGCGCACCUAGAGGCAACAUUUCAUUAUUUUAACAGCACUUACAACAUCGUCAGUAGGCAUCAGCAUCAUUAUGGUGUCAGGCUUAUUGCCGUUUCACACUAAGCACGGAUUUUCGUCUGAAGAAAUUGCACAAAAAUGUAUAAAAACAGAUUUUAUGGGUUCUGGUGAAUGCUGCACACCCCUAAGGAACAUUUGUGCGGGGGAAAAAAUAUUCGGACGGACCUCAAUUUUAGCGAAUAUAUGGAACGGGGCUAGCCACAUCAUCUAGCGUUAGCAUUAAAAUUUGGGGUUCGAUUAACUUAUGUAUUGUAUAGUUAAUGUUAACCCCUUAGACGUUCUCUCUCUGGAUUGUUUUUUGUUGUGUGGAGAGUGGACACAGGCACUAUUUAGGAGGGAACUCAUCGGGCCUCAUUCACGAAACGUGCGUAAGUUUACAGUCAGCAGCUGGUGUGCGUAGUGGCAGAUUUUCCGUAUUCCAGCACCACAUUUUUGCAUCGUACUGGUGAGAAACGGCUUUUACAAUGAGCAACACUACAACCCUCAUACAGAGAAAUCCAUCCUAGAACAGCCACCAACAUCAAUUUGUCAGUGGGAAUUGUUGAAAAUGUAAUUACAAAGUGAAUAACUAAGUAGAGCACAUAAAAGGUCAUUUACAACAUUUCAUAACAAAACAAAAAAAACAUCUGAAAUGCAUGAACAUCACAGAUAAAACUGUUAAUGGUGCUUCAUAAGAAACCCAAAGUUGCAGGUGACAACAGAGAAGGAUGUUGUCGGUGUCAGAGGAAAGGAUGUGUGUAGUCACAGUCUCUGUCUUGUGCAGUUAAGAAUUAAAGUUCAGUCUGCACCCUCUUGAAGCUGAUCUGGAGUCAGUGUUGGCUCUUCAUUCUGCUCUGACAAUAAAAGUACUGUGUGUUAAAGUG